UAUAAAAUCUCACUUAUUUGUCUGUUAGUGUGUUCUCUGUGUUUUAUAUUCCAUAAUUUGUUUCAGCCGAAGUCUAUAAAGAAAGAACUCUCAAAGAAAAUACUGCAUCCAAAAAGUCGGAAGGCAGUAAAGCUAACGAAGCAAACCAAAAAGAUUACAACACGUGAGAAAACUAAACUUAUGCAUCACAUGAAGCAGAACUUGAUUGGAGAAAAGUUCCUGUGGUUUCGAGAUCAUUUGGUGCCUGAUAUCACAAAGUAUACGCCUGAACUUAUUUUGAUCAUAAUUGAACUAUAUCUUGGUAGAUUUAAAGAAGAAUUGGAACAGAUUAGUUUAAAACACUCAAUUGGAAAUCGCAAAAACAGACAACAUGCAAGCAGAGAAGAUAUCAUACGUCUCACUCUCUUGCGUGAGGAAGAGGAGUUUGCUACGUGUGGACUGGAAAUUCCAGAUGUUACAAUUCCUAAACAGUUGGAAAUGCUUCGAAAUUGGGAUGGGGAGUUGCGUUUACUGCAAAACUUCAAGUUGAGGAGGUUUAGUCGUAAGAGCCUUCGGGAUCUUGUCACUUGCCCAAAGCUCAAUGAAGAGGAAUUAGUUAUAGAUGAUAAUGUUGCUGUGAAGAGUGCUCUGUCUGUGAAGGCACCCAUUGUACAGAAUAAGGAAUCUAACCCACAAAAUGUUGUCAAAUCAGAUGUUAAUGAGACUCCAGUAAUCCUGGAGAGCGAAACACGUGAACUAACAGUUGCUGAUAGUAUGGAUAUCGACAGCAAAUAGUGCCAGAUUCAGUAAUAAAUUUAUUUAAUUGUU